AUGCUCUCGGCGAUGCUCGACGGGUCCACGGACGGCGAGCAGGCCCUCCUCCUCCGCAAGAUGGCCAAGCGCGACACCGUCACCAAGCUCAAGGCGCUGGGCGAGCUCCGCGAGGCGCUCUCGGCGCACGGCGCCAGCUGGGCGGCGGAGCUGAUGCCGCACUGGGUGCCGCACUUUGUCCGGCUGAGCGGCGACGGGUCGUGGCAGGCCGCCGCCGCCGCCGACGCGCACGCUCGCCGGGUUGGCUCGGCGCUGCGGGCGGCGUCGCACCUGCUCGCGGUCGCUGCGGAGAGCGGCGAGGCCCCUGCGUCGGGUGCGCGUGCGGCGCUCGAGGCGGCGCUGUGCGGCGGCGAGGUGUGGAGGCUGGGGAGCGCCGCGUCGAGCUUUGUGCGGACGGGAGCGUACGGCUGGGCGGGAUCCGUCCUCUCCCACUCGACCGCGCUGGCGGCGGGCACCGCGGCCGAGAUGGCGGGGCUGCUGCUCGGCGGCCUCAAGGAGAGCGAGCCCGCCUGCCAUGCCGCGCUCUGGGAGCCACUGCUGCUGCUGCUGCGCGACCACGGCGCCGCAGUCUCGUGUAGCGAGGCGGCGCGCCACACGCUGCCGCGCCUCGUCUCACUGCUCGAGCACGGCUGCCACGGCGCCGCGCCGACCGUCGCGCGCGCGCUCCUCCCGCUCGUCUCCCUCCUGCCCGCCCCCCUCUUUGAGCCGCCCGCCUCCGCCGCACUCCCGCCCGCCGCCGCGCUGCUGGCCGCCCUUUGGCGGGGCCUGGGCGCGUCGGCGCUGCCGCCGCAGCACGGCGCCCAUCUGCUGCGCGCGUACGGCGAGCUGCUGCAGCUGCUGGUCGUGCGCACCUCCGCCCGCGGCGCGAGCGCGGCGCCCCUCUUGCGUGAGGCGCUGUGCGGCCGCGCCGCGGCCGUCGUCGGCGACGGUUGCGUACUCCCGUGCCGGGCCAACCGCACCUGCGCCGACGGCGAGGGCGCCUCAGAGCCGCUCGUGCUCGACGCGUUUGCAAUCGGCCGCCUCUGCUCGGGCGAGAUCCGCACCUGGGACGACGACUACCUCGUCUCGCUCAACCCGUGGCUCGUCGGCGUGGGUACCGUCCCGAUCGUGCUGCAGCAGGAGCCCUCGACGUCGCACACCAUCGCCGUCCUGCGGGACAAGCUGCACGCACUCCGGCCGCGGGCGUCGCUACUGGCAGGAAUUCUGAGUCACCAUCGUCGGGACAUGCUCCAGGCACUAUGA